AUGGCGUAUCCUCAGCUUUACGAUCCAUAUAACCCCGGUUUUCAGCACAAGGAACCCGACUCUGAGUUCGCAGAGUUGACUGAAAAUUCGCCCUUCAACGUUGCUGUCGUCUUGUGUCCUAACUGCAAGAAACAAUACCAAUCAGCCGAGGCAAUAAUUGAGCAUCUAAAUAGUGCAGACUCAUGCUGGCCAGAGAACCUCACCAACAGAUCAAUGCUUCCAGUACCGCAGGCUCUACAGCGACCGCCAGAGCAGACAAACUUAUCAGCAAAGUAUCACCCCACCUCUGGCUACCAUUACAUUCUUCCAGAUCAACUGCCUGCACAAAAUAUGUUUCAAGAAAUGCAAGACCAUCCUCUUCAAGAAGCCAGGGAGACUAAUGUAUGGUAUCCAUUUGAUGGGCUGGGUGAAUGGUCACUCGCGAAAUUCCUUGUCGAGAACCUCUCUCAGACGCAGAUCGACAAAUUUCUCAAGUUAGAUUGGUUCCAGAUGAGAGAGCGGCCGCAAUUCAAAAUGAAGGACAAGUUGUUCUUCUACAUGCAGCAGCUUCCUGGCUGUGGGCCGAAAUGGCAGUGUACGAAGCUUAAGCUCAAGGGCUACGAGAGUGAACGACCGAUUCACCUCAUUUGGAGGGACGGGUUGGAGGUUACGAAGCAACUUUUUGCAAACCCCGUUUAUGCGAAACACAUGUGCUAUGACCCACACCAUAUCUAUCAAGGACAAGAACACCAAAUUGGAGAAUUUUGGACUUCGGAUGAUGCAUGGGAGAUUCAGGAUCAACUACCGGAAGGGGCGACUAUCGUUCCGAUCAUCGCUGCUUCUGACAAAACCCCAGUUACAAGACACACAGGUGGCCUCGAGAUGCACCCAUUAUUCCUCACCAUCGGAAAUAUCCAGGCCGAUGUCCGCAUGAAGGCUACAUCACAUGCGUGGCGAUGUACUGCGUUCAUGCCAAUACCGACUUUCAUUGUCAACUCUGAUUUUCAAACUCUACUCCGGGCGCGUCUGUGGCACAAGUGCAUGGAUCUCGUAUGUUCCAAUUUGAAGGUCGCAGCUCGUGUUGGCAAGUAUAUGGUCGAUCCCUCGGCCAAAAUCUGUUACUGUUUCACGCCUCUAAUCAGCCACAUCGCCGAUCUCCCCGAACAAUUGAUGAUCGCAUGCAUCAUGAAAAACUCGUCUCCCGUCACCACAGCGACCCACAAAGAGUUUGGUGAUGAGACACCGCAUCCUCCACGGAAUGGAUCGGACACCUACGCGCUUAUCCAGCAGCUUUGCAACCGUGUUGACCCAUGGGAUCUCAUUAUAUACGUUAGAGAGUCCAAAAAGCUCCAUCUUAGUGGGGUGCACUUGCCGUACUGGAGAAACUGGAGGUGCUCCAAUCCCGCUAGAUUCCUGACGCCAGAAAUUCUGCACAUGCUACACAAAUUCUUUUUCGAUCACGUCCUUAAAUGGAUCAAGCAGAUCAUGGGUCAUGAACUUGAUGUACGGUUCAAGAGUCACCACAAGCGCACUGGUCGCACAAUUGUGCCGACGCUGUGGGGUAUCACAAGCCCUGGUUUCAUCCACGCUGUGCGGGCAAUGAUUGACUUUAUCUACCUUGCUCAGAAUCCCCUUCACACUGAAUCCAGCAUCGCCUCCAUGACUCAAGCACUUCAAGACUUCCAUGAUCAUAAGCAGGCCAUCCUCGAUGCAGAGGCACGCCAGGGAAAGAGCGGUGCUAAAGACGACUUCUUCAUUCCGAAAUUGGAACUCAUGCAAAAUUUCGCUCGUGCGAUCUCCCACGUCGGUUCGCUCAUGCAGUGGACAGCAGACGUAUCGGAACGUCUUUUAAUUACUCACUGCAAACAUCCGUUUGAACGCACGAGUCGUCAGAGAGACUUCGUCUUGCAGAUCGCUCGCAUCCUCGAUCGGGAGGAGUCCAUCCGGCAGUUCGACCUUUACACACUGUUGUCCUCGUCUGUAUCUACACCUGGUCAGGACCCACUCAUGAACACUGUCAUCAUGGAGGACGAAGAGAUCGCUAGUACGGAGACAGAUCCCACCUUUGCUUGGGUCUCCAACGCAAACCCAGCUGCCCAGCUAUGUCUACAAGCGCCGCGCCCUGUUCGCAAUCACUUCUUGAAGGGUAUUUUGUCGGACAAUGCACGGAUUGCCUUCAAUGUGACUGUGAAAGCAGAUCACAAUCGCCUUGAUGCGUCUCAACUGCAGUCGUCGUACGACAUCACUGAUUUUUCUCAUGCUUUACACCUCUACGCGACCCGCAAUGGUUGUACACUCUCCGACCAGCUACUAUUCAAUACAUGGUUGAAAUUUCGCAUCCAGUUAUUUUCCGCAUUCCAUACUUGCAGGAUCAUGCCGAGCCAACAAAUUCACGCCGAGCCACCUUCCAGUAAUUUUCCUAGAGGGAACUGCAACGCCGUAUUAUUUAACCAGAGGGUCGAUGGUCGUAACGAUGGAUCUUAUGUCGCUCAAGUACGAGCCAUAUUCCAGCCAACCCUCCCCAGAGGUUCUCGUGCGCAGCUCCCCGAGCGCUUGUCUCAGGUGCUGUCGGAAAGGGUGAUCAGACGCGGAUCCAUAAUUCCUCUCACAGACGUUACGCAUGCGGUGGAGAUUAUACCUGUCUAUCAAGGACCAUUGGGCAGGGACGUGAAUUCUGGGAACUCAAUGGAGGUGUUUGACGACUAUUUCUUGAAUAAUUUUGCAGACAAAGAGCUGUACCACUCGCUAUCAGUGAUCUCAGAUGCCUAG